CCCAUAAUUGCCUCUUCAAUAGUCCUGUUUCAAUUUUCCAUCCAUUAUUGUAAUAGUAAUAGUGUACAAAGAAAACAUAAAGCAGUAACUUGUGUAACUUACUUGAAUUUCAUUAGUGACAUCACAGGGCCAAAUAUUUCAUCUUGUACUAUAAGCAUGUCCUCCUGAAAAUGGUUGUUUAAGAAUAAAAGAGAAAUAUUUGACAACGUGAUGAUCAGUUGUCUUGUUUUCCUAAAGAAGGUUGAUUCAAAUAUUUGACAACAUGAUGGUUGUUCUCACUGAUCAACUGAACGUUUUUGCUGUGCUCUUCAUUCGGAGACUAAAAAUCAGAGGAAAUCAAAGUCAUAAAGAGAUACAUAAUAAAUAUGGCAAGAAGAUUUCCCUUCUGCAAGAAUCUGCUUCCAAUCUUGUUGCUUAUUGGCAUAGAGUGCAAUGAUAUGGGGUUACUCACUUUGUUCAAAGCAGCCACCAAUAAAGGCAUGAGCAACCAUGUGUUUGUUGCAUAUGCUUAUGCUAUUGCUACUAUUGUUCUUAUUCCUGCACCUUUCAUCUCCAAAAGAUCAAGAGUGGUUCCUCCACUCGGUUUCUCCAUACUUUUCAAAAUUGGCCUUCUUGGGAUCAUAGGCCAUUGAUUUAUUAGAGAGAAUGAGGGAGGAAAGCAAAAAAGCAUACCAAUUUUUGACGUGGUGCCUUUGAAAGAGGCUCUAAUUAUACCAGAGUGUACAAGUUGAGAUAGAUACAGUUGCUUGGUCUAAGUAGAUAUUAAAUAGAGAGCAUAGUUAUAUUGUUCAUGAAUUAUUUUUACCUUGUUUUAGUCUAGAUUGUGGAUCAUAAAAUUUGAUAUAUUUAAGAAUUUUCAAUAUUUUAAAUUCUAUAUUCUA